AGGCCGCCUCAGCAGCAGCAGCAGAGGGGCAGACAGCAGGCCCGAGUCUACGCGGUGGAUCAGGCCGAGGCAGCACAGCAGCCAGGUACUAUGUCAAGGAUGGUUGUGCUUAAUGAUAUUCCGGUUUUCACUUUGUUCGAUACCGGAGCAACGCAUUCAUUCAUUUCACGACGAUGUCUUGAUGCCAUUGGAGUUCAUGCCGUUACCGCUGUCGAUCCUCUCGAGGUGAGUUUAGCCUCGGGGCGAAAGAUAGUAACCUCAGCUAAAACUUCAGAUCGUAGCCUUUCCAUCGGUGGUCGUUCACUGUCUACCGACGCGUUUGUUCUCGAGAUGAGGGAUUUUGACCUCAUUCUCGGAAUGGAGUGGCUAUCCUUUUAUCAUGCAAAUAUCAGAUGUCAUGACCGGGAGAUCACUCUCUAUCUUCCGGGAGAUGAUUCGAUUACCUUUUUAGGCAGCAAGAAUCGUUCCUUACCUCAC